AUGUGGGGACUGCCUGUUGGGCAGUCGACUCAACUGGGUGCCGUUGAUGUGCAUCCCUUGGAAUGGCGUGUGCUUGCAGCUGAACAGCAGGAGUUAACACACGAUUGUUGGCUGAUUGCAGCGGAAGCGGUGUUGAGCUGGGCAGUUCACUCACUGCCAAGAGUGCUCUGGAAUAUUUUUUUGUACAAUAUGUCGGUCAUCUGUGGUGGGCGUGCAUCAAUGUGGGGCGGAAAACCUGCCUCACUUUUUGUGCACUUUUCUCACAUUUUUGUGGGCUUAUCUCACAUUUUUGUGAGUGUUAAUUGCAUGAGCAUGGACAGGGAUCAAGGCUCUGUGACCUGGGCCCUGGGGUCCUUUCAAACCGCUUAG